CGGCGGAAGCGUAAUGUUUAGCCACUGCGACCCCUAUGGCUGGAUGUCGGUAUCGCAGAGAGAAAAAUUCGCCAUUUCGAACGUGGGGACCGCGACGUCGUACCUCCUAGAAGAUGAGGCGUCACACGACGCGGACAAGAGGCUCGUUGAAUGGUUGCCUCAACUACGAAAGCUGGAGAACAACGAGAAUGUAGCUGGGAGGCUAGGCAAGGAGCUAACCGAGACGUUGCAACGUCAUCUUCAAGGUCAACUACGUCAUCAGAAGGACUGUGGGACUGUGACACCUCCACUGGUCAAUGUCU